AAAAAAACUAGCUGUCACUUUGGCGGCAACGCAAAAAUUUUUUUUUAAACAUAUUGACUUUUUAGAUUUUGUUUUGUGGAAUUUGUUUUGUUAUUCAAAUUAUUGUUUUAGGUUUUUGACUAAUCAUAAUUGGUGCAAGUGGUAUAUUGUUGCAGUUCAAAAGUAAAAGGAGGUGAAACAUUUUUUUAAAGUGGUAUCUCAAGCAUGCGUCACUAAGUACACAAAAUGGCGGGGCGUGAGCUCGCGGUAGUCGUGUCCCGGGCGUACAAGUACUAUGGAAGGGAAGACAAACCCGACUACAAGCCCGUGCUGCGGCACUUUAACAUGACCGUGGAGCGAGGCAUCAUAUACGGCCUUCUUGGUCCAUCAGGAUGCGGAAAAACCACACUGCUCUCCUGCAUCGUUGGCAGAAGGCAACUGGACAGUGGCGAGGUGUGGGUGCUGGGUGGAAGACCUGGGGAGAAGGGCAGCGGCGUUCCUGGACCCAGGGUUGGGUACAUGCCUCAGGACAUAGCUCUAGUCGGAGAACUAACGGUGCGCGACGCGAUCUACUACUUCGGCCGGAUCUACGGCAUGAAGAUGAAAAAGCUCAGCGAUCGAUUCGAGUUCCUGAGCAAUCUUCUAGAUCUGCCGCCGGCUGGAAGACUGAUUAAGCAAUUGUCUGGAGGACAGCAGAGAAGAGUAUCGUUGGCAGCUGCAUUGGUACAUGAACCUGAGCUGCUUAUCCUGGAUGAGCCGACAGUUGGACUGGACCCUGUGCUUAGAGAACGAAUAUGGGAGUUUCUAUCAGAACUAGCGAGAGGAGGAACCACGGUCAUCAUCACCACGCACUACAUCGACGAAACUAAGCAGGCGCACAAGAUCGGUCUGCUCAGAGAUGGCCAGUUACUAGCAGAAGAAUCUCCAGAAGAACUCAUGCGCAAGUUAGACUGCAAUAACCUGGAAGAAGCAUUCCUACAGCUUGCCAUGAGGCAUCAUGAGCUGUCGCCUAGGAGAUCUACUCUCACGACGUCUCCAGAUGUGAUCCCGGACAGCGUGGUGAACGCCGUAGAGAGCCGGGGGCAGUUCGACUCCAGGGAGGACUUUAGUGUAGUCACCAGCAGCACUGAUGUAUUAACCAAAAAAGAGAAAGCCAAAGACUGUAGCGGUAAGUCGCGGGGGCGGUACAAGGCCGUCUUCAUCAAGAGCCUCCAGCAAUUCUCCAGGCAUCCUGGCGGGCUAAUAUUCUCGGUUCUAUUCCCUAUCAUCCAAGUGGUAGCAUUCUUUUCGGCUAUAGGACACGACCCACGUGACCUGCACGUCGCCGUAGUCAACGACGAAGCACGGUUAUCACCAUAUGGUCUCAAUAUUUGCCAAAAUAGCAGCCUACAGCCUAUCGUACGAUACGACAAUGACACUUGCUCGCAAUAUAUGCUAAGUUGUUGGUUAAUUGAAGAAAUGGCCAAGUACAAAGUUUAUGAGAUACCAUUCGACACAGUAGAAGAUGCCAAAGCAGAAGUAUCAAACGGCAAGCUCUACGGGGCAGUGUACAUCCCGCGGAACUUCAGUGAGGCUUUGGGGGAACGGUUUCGUGAGGGUGAUGUACCUGAUGAUAUCGUGGAUGAGAGUACAGUCGGCGUGUGGCUUGAUAUGACCAAUCACCAAAUCUCCAAUUUCUUAAAACUAAAGUUCCACAAAGCUUACGAAGGUUUCACGAAGCGGGCGAUGACAGCAUGCGGCAGACCUGAACGACUGGUGCAGAUUCCAGUGCACUUCAACGAGCCCAUCUACGGGAAGAUGAACGGGCAGUUCGUGGCUUACAUGGCACCGGGCGUUAUGAUCACCAUAAUCUUCUUCUUGGCGGCGGUAGUAACCUCGACCCUGAUGAUCGGCGACCGUUUGGAAGGCGUGUGGGAGCGAAGUGCUGUCGCCGGGGUACAGCCAAAAGAGAUGCUGCAUGUGCAUAUCGGGAUACAGGCCACCGUUAUUUUAGUACAGACCAUAGAAAUGAUGCUACUGGGAUACUUAGGCUAUGGACUACCCACCAGGGGUUCUCUGUUCGCCUGUGGCUGCCUGUUGUUCCUCCAAGGCCUUAGCGGAAUGUGCUACGGGUUCCUGCUCUCUGUCUGCUGCUCGAGCUACACCAUGUCCUUCUUCAUCGCCACUGGAAGCUUCUACCCCAUGAUAUUGCUGUGCGGAAUCGUCUGGCCCUUGGAAGGCAUGGAAAAGUACCUCCAAUACAUCGCCCUGUGCCUCCCCUUCACCAUCCCCUCGAAGUCCCUCCGCGACAUCAUGGAAAAGGGCGCCACCAUCUUGGAUACCUCCGUAUACACCGGGUUUCUCAUCACCGUGGCGUGGAUUGCCAUUACUCUGGGCCUGUGUUUCUUAAGGCUGAAAUAUAGAAAGACGUAAAUUACUUGUGUUAAAAAUUGAACUAAUCAUAGUUGCCUGAGUGUGACAUCAUGGAAAAGGACUCCACAAUCUGGGAUACCUCUGUAUACACCUAUCUCAUCACUUUAGUAUGAAUUGUCAUCAUGAAUUGCUGGGCAUGUGUUUCUUAACGCUGAAGUAUAGGAAGAUAUAAUAGUGUUAAAAGUUGAACUUAUCAUUGCCUGAAUGUGACAUCAUGGAAAAGGGCUGCACCUUCUAGGAUACCUCUGUAUACACCGGUUUCCUCAUUACUUUAUCGUGGAUUGUCAUCACGCUGGGCAUGUGUUUCUUAAGGCUGAAGACGUAAAUUACUUGUGCUUUGUUGAACAUAUCAACUGUUCAUAGUUCCCAGAAUAUAACAUUCUGGAAAAGGGCGCCGACAUCUUGAAUACAUCCGUUUACACGGGUUAUUAUCACCGUAGCUGGAUUAUUACUCUGUGCCCGUGUUUCUAAAGCUCUAGUAUAUUGAAUUUUGGAACUUAUCACAGUGUGGAUAAUUUGAUGUAUCUUUGAAAUUGUGUUUUAUUAAAAAAAAGUUCGGAUGAAAAGCUGGUGGAGUAUUAUAUAGACUACAGUUCAGGAUUAAUCGGGUUUAGUUUGGACAUUUCAUUAGGGUAGGUAAUUAAGUAUUGAUGAUCGAUUUAAAUGGCUUACUUAAUAGUAAAAUACCUUGAUCGUACAGUCAUCGCACAAUCUGAACACCGCCUCUAAGUUUAAGUCUAAGUGCAUGUUCGUUCAGAUAUUUUUGAGUGCCUUGGCUGUGUCUAUAUAUCAACUGUAUUACUAGUGGUAUUAAUAAUUUAAAAAAGUAUUAAAAGAAAUGAAGUGACAUUUAAAAGACUCAUGGCAUUUCAUACAGUCACAGAUUUUAAUUGUUGAGCCAUUAAGAGUUUUUUUUUAUACUAUGUCGGUGGGAAACAAGCAUACGGCCCGCCUGAUGAUAAGCAGUCUCCGUAGCCUAUGUACGCCUGCAACUCCAGAGGAGUUACAUGCGCGUUGCCGACCCGACGGGUUUCGUGCUUCGAAUUUGACAGAGCCUUACAUUUUGCGGUAACUCUGAUUGUCAAAAUUUGACGUUUGAUAAUUCAGUGACCGCAAAACAUAUGGCGGAGUACAGCGCCAUCUGUUUUGGAUGUCAAACUAAGGCGCACGUUUUUUUCUUAUACUUUACCUCUGUAUCUCUUUGGUUUUAUGAAUAUGGGGGUAUAUUAUGGUGUUUAAAAGUCAAAAACAAGUUGGUUACUUACUUAAAAGGUGUAAUCCACAUUAUGGAUGUAAAAUAGAAUUACGUAGAUUGCUCAAUAAGGUUAUAAGAUGUAUUAUAUAAGUUAUGUAUUAUGUUAGCAAGAAAAUAUUAUAAAUAGGUAGUUGAUACAAUUUACUAAGCAAAGGGUUUAUAUAUUAAAUUUUCUAUAAAAAUAUAUAGAAUCAAACCAAGAUAAGUUGGCAGCGAUUUUGACAGCCCAGACAGUGCAAGUGUUAUUUUACACUUCUAUGAAAUUAUGGCUGGGCUAUCAAAAUUGCUGCAAACUUAGCUUGGUCUGACUCUACCUUGUUUCAAAUAACACAUUUUUAAUGUUAGAAAACGAUAUCACAAUCUGUUAUAAAAAUUGAGUUUUAAUAGUUUUUAACCCUUGUAAUGCCAAGAAUUGAGCCCCUAAAAGUGUCGUACCAACAACGCCAAAAACGAAUAUACGCGUUACUUAUACCGUAAGCUGUCAAGUUACCCUUUUUUUUUAACUGUAUAAUUAUUGUACCAAUGAUGUUGGCGUUGUGCUAAUAAUAAUUAAUAGGUAAUAAUGUAUGGCAAAGUAAGGGUUAAUAACCAAAACUGGGUAUUGAAACAAUUUUGUAUGUAAAUAAUAUACAGGCUGUAACCAAAAUACUGAUGAUCCAUUUGCAAUCCGUAUCGUAAUUUGAUUAGGAAAAAGCAGAAAAUGUUGACGCGAAUUCUGGUUACACCUUGUUUAUUCGUAGGUAAGGGUAGUUCUUGAGCUAUAGCUCAUCGGGUAGCUUGUAUAUAGCUUUUACGUAAUAAGUUUUAUACGGAUUUACUUUGUAUGAAUUUGAAUAAUAAUUUGUAAAGAAAAUGGACUAUUUUGAAAGUGUUGCACAGACAGUAUAUUACUGCCGGUGUCAAGUAGGUAUACAAUACAAUAAGUAUCUAUUGGUACAGAGUUUUUUUAUGUCUGAGAAAACUGAAUAGUGAAUAUGUAGGUUAUACUGUUUUUUUCUAGCGAAAAAAAUCCCCCAGUCGCCCCCAAAUGCCCCAGAAUCUAGCGAAAAAAAUCUGCUGUUACACAUUGACAUGAUUCGCCAAAAAUAACCCAAAUGUACAGCAAAUAUUUUUUCGUGAUAAAUCUGCUACUAGACGACUGUCGACUGCGAAUAACCCGCGUUUUGAUAAGAACUCUACAUAUUCACCACUUAAAGUAUGGUCAGACAUGACAAAAUCAACCUGUAUACAAUUUAUAUUAAAAAGUAAUGCUAUCUAAGUGAUUACAAUUGAUGUCUCGCAGCGAAAUAUGGAAGGUGAGGCAAGUAAAAAAAUCUCCUUAGGCAGAACUGUUGCAAAAGUAUCCAGCUGUCAGCUAUAAAUAAUAGUUCCAAAUCUCGCCAGAGUAACGCUAAGAACCUAGGCGUUAUUGACAAAGUGAAGUGCGCUGUCUAUGAUUAGAUUUUUCUCUCAAGUAUUGUAGGUAUUGUAGCGCCACCAAUUUAUGGUUUUUUGUCGGGCUAUUUUUGGUAUAUGGAGUAUAUGUUCCUUGCCUCUACCUUCCAUACAGCGAAAUUUUUCGUUGUUAUAUUUGUAUGAUGUGGAUGGAGACGUCAUUACGAUGAUAACCAAUCAACAAUUAGACAUUUUUAUUUUUUUCGAAGUUUUUACAACAAUAAUGGGGAUCCGUUUAAGCUCAUAUUUGGUAUGGUGUUCUGAUAAGGAAAAAGCAUUGAAAAAAAAAAUUACGCGAAAAAUCGUUUUUCUAUCGUCCAAGUCUGCCAACCACCCAUGUAAAGGCCAAAAAGUAUUACGCGUCAAAAAGUUUAUUUCCAUUUUUUCUUAAUUAGGACACGAUACCAAAUAUGCCCUUAAACGGUUCCCCACUUUUUUUGUUACACCUUGUUUAACGAAUGUUCUCAGGAAAAAAAAUCAGGAUAAACUUUAACCCAUUGUACGCCAUGAACUCCUAAAGUCGUCAUAGUGAGAUUUCAGGAGUGUUAUAGAUGGCCUAUUAAUAUUUAUGCCUUCAUGUCAUGGUAAUACUGAUAAAUAUUUAUACCAUCAUGACGAAUAGCGCACAAAGGGUUAACAUUCUUGGGACCAUUGUAACCUUAGAGGAUUUAACAACUGGAAAUGCCUUGUCUGUAAUUCCCUGUACGAAACAGUCUGCCGAUUUUUGGCCGGGAGGGGCUCGUCAAAUGUAUCAGAUAAACCUCAGUUCACACAAAACUUAUUACCAUUUACCGAGGUUUUCGACAGAGGAGUAAGCUCUUAGAAGGGAUUUCGGUUGUUAAAUCUUCCAAAAUUGUAACAAAUGCCUAUACUAUGUAUCUUUAGGUAUUUAAAUAAAAGUAAACAAAAUCUACCCUCCAAUGGCUCCUUAAGGCAGUUGAGGGUAGAUGAAAACAUGACACGAUCAAAUAAUGUAGGUUAAAGUCAGGUCGUUCAGUGACAGAUCCAGGCAGUUUUGUAUUUGGUUUGUUAACCAACAAAAGUUAUAACUACCCGAAAAUGUACAAAUUGUUUGUUUACUUUUAUUUAAAUACCUAAAGAUAUAGAGUAGAUGAGGUAAAACCACAGAGAAAACAAUAUUUUUUAUAUGAUUCCCCUAACGGUAUUCAAAAAUAAUUGUGUACUUAGUUAUUAGAAUGUAACAUAUAGAAAAUGUUGUUAUUGAAAAUGUAUAGACAGUAAAACACACAUAUUGCCGUAAUUAUAGCAUUUCGUGAUACAAAUGUGAUUUGUGAGGGUAUUUAUGAAUAAAAAUAUUCAACUUCUAA